CUUAUUACAGGUGGUGAAUUAUUUGUUGGCUUGUACAAUGAUUUCUGGGGAAGAGAUGCCACUUUAUUUAGGAGCACGGGACAUCUUCCACACAUUCGAACAGAGCAUGACGAUGAUAGAAUCCUAAAAGAACCAAAGUUUGUAGGCUCCUAUAUGAUUCCAGAUAAUGAGGACAAAGAGGACAAUAAAAUAUACUUCUUCUACACUGAAAAGGCAAUGGAAGGAGACCAUGGAGCCCAAGCUAUAUAUUCUAGGGUGGGAAGAAUCUGUGCUAAUGACAUUGGGGGCCAGAGAAUGAUGGUAAAUAAAUGGACCACAUUUCUAAAAUCAAGACUGGUUUGCUCAGUGCCCGGACCACAUGGGAUUGACACACACUUUGAUGAACUAGAGGAUGUGUUCUUGUUGCACACCAGAGAUGCUAAAAAUCCUGAGAUAUUUGCUCUGUUUAGCACCACCAGCAAUAUUUUUAAAGGCUAUGCAGUUUGUGUUUACCAUAUGGCUAGCAUUCGUGAAGCAUUUCAUGGCCCAUAUGCCCACAAGGAAGGACCAGAGUAUCAUUGGUCAAUGUAUGAAGGCAGAGUACCUUAUCCAAGGCCUGGCUCGUGUGCAAGCAAGGUAAAUGGAGGUCAUUACGGUACUACCAAGGAUUAUCCAGAUGAGGCUUUACGAUUUGCUAGGAGUCACCCUCUGAUGUAUGAGACCAUUAAACCUGUCCAUAAAAGGCCUAUACUUGUGAAGGCUGAUGGAAAAUACAACUUAAAACAGAUUGCUGUAGACAGAGUGGAGGCAGAGGAUGGUCAAUAUCAUGUUAUGUUUCUAGGAACAGAUAAUGGAAUUGUGUUAAAAGUUAUUACCAUCUACAAUCAGGAAAAAGAAACUUUGGAAGAAGUAAUUCUUGAAGAACUUCGGAUAUUUAAGAAUCAUGAACCUAUAACUGCAAUGGAAAUUUCAGCAAAAAGGCAACAACUGUAUGUUGGAUCUAAAUUUAAUGUAGCUCAAAUAAAGCUCCACCAUUGUGAGAUGUAUGGCACAGCAUGUGCGGACUGCUGUCUGGCUCGUGACCCAUAUUGUGCAUGGGAUGGAAUGUCCUGCUCCAGGUAUUAUCCCCUAGGUACACAUUCCAAAAGACGUUUCAGAAGACAGGAUGUUCGACAUGGCAAUGCAGCUCAGCAAUGUUCAGGGCAACAAUUUAUUGGAGAAUCCUUAGGAAAGACUGAAGAGUAUACAGUAUACGGUGUUGAGCACAACACCAGCUUAUUGGAAUGCAUGCCACGUUCAUUGCAAUCUAAGGUCAUCUGGUUUGUACAGAAAGCACACGAAACAAAGAAGGAGGAGGUGAAAACAGGUGAACGGGUAAUAUUGACAGAUUACGGGCUUCUGUUUCUAAAGCUCCAUAGAACCGAUGCUGGAGUGUAUUUUUGCCAAACUGUUGAGCAUAGUUUUGUUCAUGUAAUCAGAAAAAUGAGUCUGGAGGUUGUGGAGGAAGAACGUGUGGAUGAAAUGUUUAACAAAGACGAAGAUGAAGAGCCAGUAAUCCAAAAAAUGCCUUGUCCUGUGCAGUCCAGUAUUCUCAAACCUCUAAGCCAUGGUACAAAGAAUUUUUGCAGCUCAUUGGAUACAGCAAUUUUCAAAAAGUUGAGGAAUAUUGUGAAAAAGUAUGGUGUACUGAUAAAAGAAGAAAAAAGCUAAAAAACUUCUCCAAGCAAAUGGAAAUAUGUACAGCAACAGGAACGGCGAUCACGUGGAAAAUCAGAUAAUCACCGCAUGCACGGAGCAUACUAGGACCAUAA